GGGGAUCUCACCACAUCCUCUGCCGUUCCAACCACCAUUGACAUAACUACUCCAGCUACUGCUGCCCCUUUAACCCCUGACCCUCCAACUACUGGUUACCGAAAUGCUACUGGACUUCCAACUACUGGUAACCCUACCUCUAUCCCUAUCACCAGUACCAGUCUCCCCACCACCACCUCUACUGCCACAAUCCCUCCUCUGGUCUGUAUCAAUGGUGGUGAGCUGCAGAGUGGAGUCUGUAUCUGUCCUGAUGAUUGGACCGGAGAGACCUGUUCAGAGGGUACAUCCACACCCUUACACUAUACCUAACCCUGGAUCUCACAUUCACAGUACACACCACUACACUACUAUACCUAACCCUGGAUCUCACAUUCACAGUACACACCACUUCACUACUCCUAACCCUGGAACUCACGGUCACAGUACACUACUCCUAACCCUGGAUCUCACAUUCACAGUACACACCACUUCACUACUCCUAACCCUGGAACUCACGUUCACACUACACUACUCCUAACCCUGGAUCUCACAUUCACAGUACACACCACUUCACUACUCCUAACCCUGGAUGUCACAUGCACAGUCCACACCACUGCACUACUAUACCUAACCCUGGAUGUCACAUGCACAGUCCACACCACUGCACUACUAUACCUAACCCUGGAUCUCACAUUCACAGUACACACCACUACACUACUAUACCUUACCCUGGAUGUCACAUGCACAGUCCACAACACUAUUCCCUGGAUCUCACAUUCAGAAUGUAUAUUUCAUGUUUGCAGUCAUACAUUUGGUCCAUGUUGAAAUGCAUUUUACUUCGAUAGGGAAUUUCUGCAAUUCCACCAUCAUUGCUGAUUUAUCCUUCCCAAGAACAACGGUUGGCUGGUCUGCUUAUUCAGAACAAUUGUGUGGUGAGGAGACAACCAGUGGUAUGUUACUUUUAUUCACCUAAAAUGACAAAAAUGUAUUAAUCUGUUACAGUUCUAAUUAAUGUUGCAUUAGGUAACACAAAAUCUUGAGUAUCUUUUUGUCUUGGUUCCUCCAGCCGGAUUACCAGAAGCCUCAGCAAGAUGUUUGAAUGACACUGGCUCUCCGAUGUUUGGUCCUCCUCAGGAGCUGCAGUGUGAAUUGACCCUCAGUGGCAUUCAAGGAAAUGUAAGUCAAUAUUCUUAUGAUCCUGAUUUAUGACCAGUCUCGAUUUUGCGUUCUUCUUUCUUUGGGUCAGUUACAGUUAUCAUUAUGAGGAGUCGAUCUUACAGUUUGAAGAUCAGUAUCAACUGGCUUUUACCUUCAGCUCAUGUAUUCUGUUCCUUUAUUCUGCUUAACAGUUGAUGAGGAACAUUCUUUUUUUAUUUAUUGUGUUUUAGAUUACAUUUUAUUUUUACAUUUAGUCAUUUAGCAGACGCUCUUAUCCAGAGCGACUUACAGUUAGUGAGUGCAUACAUUUUCAUACUUUUGCCGUGUGGGAAUUGAACCCACAACCUUGGCGUUGCAAGUGCCAUUCUCUACCAACUGAGCCACAUAGUUAGUAUUGGCAAUUUUAAUAUCCCAAUGUACUCACAGGUCAGCAUGUUGCUGACCACUUAUACAAUGUUCUGUUGAAAAAAUAAAUAAAAAUCAUUCUCUCUCCCUAUUCAGAUCUCCAGCAGUUCAGGUGAUUUAGCACAGCUAGCCUUCAGUACUCAGAUCCUGACCUCCCAACCAGAGCGGCUAUCAGCUGACAACAUCACCACAGCAGCUCAGAUAGCUAACACUCUGCUUCAGUCUGUAAAUAUCACAGAGGUAUAACAUCUUUUGGAAUCAAGUUGUGACUAUGACAUGUUCUGGAGAGAAACGUGAGGUUGUUACUGCAGUGAUUUGAACACUUGAGGGUCAUUCCCUGGUUUUGAUCAUGUUGCAGGACAUCGCAGUGGCAGCUGUAACUACCAUCAGUCAGCUGCUGAAUGCCAGUGGGGAGACUACACAGGAGAGUGAUGCUGUCCAGAGGUGUGUGUGUGUGUGUAUGUUUUUCUGCAUAUGUUUGAGUUUAUGUGUGUGUGUCUGUGCGUGUCUGCAUGGGUGCAUGUAAACUAAUGUUUUUCUGUGUUUCGUUCCCAGCCUCACAGAGACCCUGGAGGAGUUUUCCCUGGACCAGCAGAAUAAUGUGUCCUUGGUGGUUCAGCCCAACCUGGUAGUCCAGUCUGUCCAAGUACCAAGUGACACAGUAGGGAUCCAGUUUAGUGCUCUGACUGGUGGGUGGGACUGCUAGUGAACCUACAUACUGGCAUUUAAAGUGAUAGUUUAUAUCUGUGUUGACAGUCUAGUUAAAACUUCUCAUUUUUCAAAUGUUACUCCUCUGUUGAUCAAUAAGGUUUUUUUGAUUUAUUUUACAUUUUAGUCAUUUUAGCAGACGCUCUUAUCCAGAGCGACUUCCAGUUAGUGAGUGCAUACAUUUUUCAUAAUAGCACCAUGCUCUACCAACUGAGCUACAGGAGGCCUGUACUACGGACAAGUGCAGAAGGAACACUAUAUUGUUCCUCUUUAAAUUUAUAAAUCAAAUUAAUCUCCUUCUCCAGGAAGUUCUGGUAAUUUUGUGGCCGACAGAAUUAAUCUCAACACCAAUACCUCUGAACUGAUAGCUGACAAAGGAGGUGCUACCGAUGUCCAGAUUGUCAUAAAAUUCACACCAGGUGAGCCAAUGUUGGUAUGCAAACAGUAUAUAAACUCAAGCUUCAAUUUCCUUGUAGAGCUUUCACCGAGAGCACUUAACUACUCGUUGUGGUCGCCAAAAUCAGGUCAGCAAUGCCAAAUUGAGUCACAUGAGAUAUGGAUAAGUAAACUAUGAGAAGUAAUGUGGCUUCCACGAUAAGUCUACAAGGCAAAGUCAAGCUACUCAUGUAUAUGAAGUCCUGAGAUGAACACCAAUCUCUCUCUCUCUCUCACCCCCUCUCACUCUCUUUCUCCCUCACUUCACUCAGAUUUACAUAAUAAAAACACAAACUACUCCAUUGGUUUUGUGCUCUACCAAAACGACCGGUUCUUCAGGUCCAGGGCAUUCACAGCUUCUUCAGGAACCAGCAGAAGGGUCAUCUCUGCUAACCUUGGACAAGUGUCUGGGUUGCAUGUUGAGAUGCUCUUCAAGCCCACAGUAAGAUUUAUCUUGGACUCAAUAAACACAUAGUGGUCCAAAUUCUCUGGGAACCGUAGUGGGAAGUUUUCCAUUAUCUAAGUCACGUGUCAAACUCAUUCCACGGAGGGUCGAGUGGCUGUGGGUUUUCGCUCCUCCCUUGUAAGGAACUCCCCUCAUCUGAUUGUCUAGGUCUUAAAUUGAAAGGAAAAACCAAAAACCAGCAGACACUAGAAUGAGUUUGACACCCCUGAUCUAAGUUUUCCAUUUUACAGUGAGUUUGUUUCUGUUCUCACUUCUCAGGCUGUCCCCAACGCCUCCCUCUAUGACUUUGCCUGCGUGUCGUGGAACUACACGUUGAAAGACUGGAGCACCUAUGGCUGCUCCAAAGUCAACAACUCAGCAGACGGCCUGCAAUGUUUCUGUAAUCACACCACUAACUUCGCUGUGCUUAUGGUGAGUAGCUAGCUGCCUUCAUCUCCCUUUAACUGACCACACUUUGACCUAUGGAAGGGGUUCCCAAACUUUUUUUGGCCCACGUCACCAUCUGAAAACUCUCAUGACCCCAAACAUGUGAAUUAGUUUUUUUGUAAUUAAGAGCCUAUGUUUACUUUUUUAUUAUGACAGUUAAUUGCAAAACAUUCUAACAGUAUUUCUGAUUGUAUUCUCAACUCAUCAUCACAUACUUUUAAUGUGGGGCUAUGACAGUCAAUAGCAAAGUGGUCUGACAUUAAAAUCUCUAAUGAGAUGGUGAUGAUGCAUGUCGCGUCGGAGCUUCUCAAAGUCAGGGGGUGUGGUUGACAGUGCCCACCUCAUCUCUGCUGUCACUUCCAACCUGGAUCGAUAUUUGGUUUUAAUGCAGACGAGUGCACUAAAUCCAGCCUCACACAGAUAUUAGCGGGCAAAGGGUACCAUGAGUUUUAAUGCUCAGAAGGAGACGGCAGGGUGUUCCCUUUGAGUGAGGAACCAAAAUGCGUUAUCUGUAUUAUUCGGUCAUAUGACGGAUCGAUAAGCUUUCGAUUUCACUUAUAGGCAUGUCAACUGAGGCAGGAUCACAGUCAAACAGAUUUCUCUCCAAUAAGAAGUCUUUCCUCUGAAUCCACUGAUUCGGUCACUCACCUGUAGAAUGUUUUUGUAUUUCCCCACGCAUGCUUGCUUUCAGUUCGUUCAGUUUCCCAAAUAUGUCAGUUACAAAGGGAAGGAGACACAUUUUCUUUUCAUUACACAGAAAGUCAAGUCUUUUUUUUUUUUUUUUUUUUUUUUUACCAUUCGUUACCAUGGAAUCUGUUUUUCUUCAGUAUAGCCAUGCAGCGCAUCCUCUGUACAGUUUCAUGCUUGAGAAUCGUGAGACAGAACAAUACGUCCUCGUGAAUACCAUCCCCCGACAGGUAGCGAAUAAAAGUAUAUGCAUGGGCAUCUCGGCCCUCACAACUAACGUCCAUUUGGAAAGCAAAAGCUGGGGAGUAUUUGAGUGGUUCUGUAGGUUUCAUUUGGAUUGCUAGCUAUAGCAUAAAUUCUUCAUUUUACAGUGUUAUCUGACAAAGGUAUUGAUUAGUGUUUCUGCGCCUCGGUAUCCCCACACCUUGUUUUCACCAUAUUGAUUGUUGCGGUAAUAUCAAAUCAAAUCAAAUCAAAUCAAAUUUUAUUGGUCACAUGCGCCGAAUACAACAGGUGCAGACAUUACAGUGAAAUGCUUACUUACAGCCCUUAACCAACAGUGCAUUUAUUUUAAACAAAAAGUAAGAAUAAAACAACAACAAAAAAGUGUUGAGAAAAAAAGAGCAGAAGUAAAAAAUAAAGUGACAGUAGGGAGGCUAUAUAUACAAUAGAAUAAAGUGACAGUAGGGAGGCUAUAUAUACAGGGGGGUACCGUUGCAUAGUCAAUGUGCGGGGGGCACCGGCUAGUUGAGGUAGUUGAGGUAAUAUGUACAUGUGGGUAGAGUUAAAGUGACUAUGCAUAAAUACUUAACAGAGUAGCAGCAGCGUAAAAAAGGAUGGGGUGGGGGGGCAGUGCAAAUAGUCCGGGUAGCCAUGAUUAGCUGUUCAGGAGUCUUAUGGCUUGGGGGUAGAAGCUGUUGAGAAGUCUUUUGGACCUAGACUUGGCACUCCGGUACCCGCUUGCCGUGCGGUAGCAGAGAGAACAGUCUAUGACUAGGGUGACUGGAGUCUUUGACAAUUUUGAGGGCCUUCCUCUGACACCGCCUGGUAUAGAGGUCCUGGAUGGCAGGGAGCUUUGCCCCAGUGAUGUACUGGGCCGUACGCACUACCCUCUGUAGUGCCUUGCGGUCAGAGGCCAAGCAGUUGCCAUACCAGGCGGUGAUGCAACCAGUCAGGAUGCUCUCGAUGGUGCAGCUGUAGAAUUUUUUGAGGAUCUGAGGACCCAUGCCAAAUCUUUUUAGUCUCCUGAGGGGGAAUAGGCUUUGUCGUGCCCUCUUCACGACUGUCUUGGUGUGUUUGGACCAUGAUAGUUCGUUGGUGAUGUGGACACCAAGGAACUUGAAGCUCUCAACCUGUUCCACUACAGCCCCGUCGAUGAGAAUGGGGGCGUGCUCAGUCCUCUUUUUUUUCCUGUAGUCCACAAUCAUCUCCUUUGUCUUGGUCACGUUGAGGGAGAGGUUGUUGUCCUGGCACCACACGGCCAGAUCUCUGACCUCCUCCCUAUAGGCUGUCUCAUCGUUGUCGGUGAUCAGGCCUACCACUGUUGUGUCGUCGGCAAACUUAAUGAUGGUGUUGGAGUCGUGCCUGGCCAUGCAGUCAUGGGUGAACAGAGAGUACAGGAGGGGACUGAGCACGCACCCCUGAGGGGCCCCCGUGUUGAGGAUCAGUGUGGCAGAUGUGUUGUUACCUACCCUUACCACCUGGGGACGGCCCGUCAGGAAGUCCAGGAUCCAGUUGCAGAGGGAGGUGUUUAGUCCCAGGAUCCUUAGCUUAGUGAUGAGCUUUGAGGGCACUAUGGUGUUGAAUGCUGAGCUGUAGUCAAUGAAUAGCAUUCUCACGUAGGUGUUCCUCUUGUCCAGGUGGGAAAGGGCAGUGUGGAGUGCGAUAGAGAUUGCAUCAUCUGUGGAUCUGUUGGGGCGGUAUGCAAAUUGGAGUGGGUCUAGGGUUUCUGGGAUUAUGCUGUUGAUGUGAGCCAUGACCAGUCUUUCAAAGCACUUCAUGGCUACAGACGUCAGUGCCACGGGUCGGUAGUCAUUUAGGCAGGUUAUCUUAGAGUUCUUGGGCACGGGGACUAUGGUGGUCUGCUUGAAACAUGUUGGUAUUACAGACUCAGUCAGGGACAUGUUGAAAAUGUCAGUGAAGACACUUGCCAGUUGGUCAGCACAUGCUCGGAGUACACGUCCUGGUAAUCCGUCUGGCCCUGCGGCCUUGUGAAUGUUGACCUGCUUAAAAGUCUUACUCACAUCGGCCACGGAGAGCGUGAUCACAUAGUCGUCCGGAACAGCUGGUGCUCUCAUGCAUGCUUCAGUGUUGCUUGCCUCGAAGCGAGCAUAGAAGUGGUUUAGCUCGUCUGGUAGGCUUGUGUCACUGGGCAGCUCGCGGCUGUGCUUCCCUUUGUAGUCUGUAAUAGUUUUCAAGCCCUGCCACAUCCGACGAGCGUCAGAGCCAGUGUAGUAUGAUUCAAUCUUAGACCUGUAUUGACUCUUUGCCUGUUUGAUGGUUCGUCGGAGGUCAUAGCGGGAUUUCUUAUAAGCGUCCGGGUUAGAGUCCCGUUCCUUGAAAGCGGCAGCUCUACCCUUUAGCUCAGUGCGGAUGUUUCCUGUAAUCCAUGGCUUCUGGUUGGGGUAUGUACGUACGGUCACUGUGGGGACGACAUCAUCGAUGCACUUAUUGAUGAAGCCAGUGACUGAUGUGGUGUACUCCUCAAUGCUGUCUGAAGAAUCCCGGAACAUGUUCCAGUCUGUGCUAGCAAAACAGUCCUGUAGCUUAGCAUCUGCGUCAUCUGACCACUUUUUUAUUAGCCGAAUCACUGGUGCUUCCUGCUUCAGUUUUUGCUUAUAAGCAGGAAUCAGGAGGAUAGAGUUAUGGUCAGAUUUGCCAAAUGGAGGGCGAGGGAGAGCUUUGUAUGCGUCUCUGUGUGUGGAGUAAAGGUGGUCUAGAGUUUUUUUCCCCUCUGGUUGCACAUUUAACAUGCUGGUAGAAAUGAGGUAGAACGGAUUUAAGUUUCCCUGCAUUAAAGUCCCCUGCUACUAGGAGCGCUGCAUCUGGAUGAGCGUUUUCCUGUUGAUUAAUGGCCUUGUACAACUCAUUCAGUGCAAUCUUAAUGCCAGCAUUGGUUUGUGGUGGUAAAUAGACAGCUAUGAAAAGUAUAGAUGAAAACUCUCUUGGUAAAUAGUGUGGUCUACAGCUUAUCAUAAGAUACUCUACCUCAGGCGAGCAAAACCUUGAGACUUCCUUAGUAAUAUCUCUGAAAUAGUGUGUGGUUUCAUUCUGUAGUGGGCCUAGCCAUUCACCUGGGAAUAGGGUGACCACAUGUCCCAGAUUGUGCGGGACAGUCCCGCAUUUUGGCCCUUUGUCCCGCAACUAAACAAUCAUGUCCCGCAUUUUAUCAACAAAUUCAAACGCCACCAAUUGUAGAAAAAACGUUGAUUUGUCCAGUAUUUCAGUCAGACAUUCCAACCUGUCUCUUGCAGUCACAUUGCGCUCAUGACAGUUAAUUUCCACCUUGUUACUCUCAGAUUGUAUAAAACAUCUAAUUGAUUGGCUGCAAGUUCAACAAUAUCUCAUAGUUAGGUCUCCUAACUACUUACAAAGAGCUAGAAAAGUAGGUAAACAGCCACAUUAGACUGAAAGAUAUAAUCAUAGCAGUGGGAAGUAGGGUGCUGCAGCACCUCCUGAAAAAUCACAAUGACAAAAUAAUAAUAAUACAUAUUUUCACUAAAGUAGUACAUUGGGCCUUUACUAGUCCUGUAUUAGCAGACCGACAUAACCGUUUUUAUAGUGCGGGCAAAAAAAUAAAACGUGAAGAAUUAUCAUUCACAAUUGACAGCGAUGAUACAUUGGCCUAUUUCUAAAUUAGGUAUAGGGUAGGGUAACACUGUCCCGCAAAAUCAUCCUGUUGUCCCGCAUUUGUGUAUUUUAAAUGUGGUCAUCUUAAGUGGGAAUGAUUCAAGUGGAGCUGUCAAGUGCGGCCUUUUCCCACGAUCUAAGGGCGCUCUCUGGUUGAAUUUUGCUCUCUGGUUGAAUUUUAUGUUUUAGAUUUGAAUAAUUUUCAUUUAGAUUUUUAAGGUUAACCACAUUACAAUGAUUUUGAGAUACAAAGACAAUAUUAUAAUAUUUUAUACAAAUUACUAUUAUAUAUAUUUUUUAAUGAUUUUGAAAAUUCUCCUGCGAUCCCAUUUUCAUAUCAGGCGAACCCACAUCAGGUCGCGACCCCUAGUGUGGGAACCGCUGACCUAUAGUUUACAUCAGCAUAUCCAGACACAUGAGGGAGAUAACUUUAUACAGUAUGACUGUGACAAACUUAGUGUUACAUUUUUCUUUUUUCUUUUCUUUCUACAGUCAUUCAGGAAUGAUUUUAAGUACGCUGAAGUUCUAAACUGGAUCACCACAUUGGGAUGCUCCAUGUCCAUCAUAGGGUUGAGUUUAACAAUAACAUUCCAGAUCGCAACCAGGUAAGAUCCUACAGGGUUCCAGAACCAAUUCAACAUAUACAAUAACAUUCCAGAUGGUGACCCGGUAAGAUCCUACAGGGUUCCAGAACCAUUUCUAAAUAUACAAUAACAUUCCAGAUUGCAACCAGGUAAGAUCCUACAUGGUUCCAGAACCAAUUCUAAAUAUACAAUAACAUUCCAGAUCGUGACCCGGUAAGAUCCUACAGUAUUCCAGAACCAAUUCAACAUAUUGGGUGCAUCUCAAUAGUGUAAAGAAGCCCUUUGUCUGAUCCAACACGACUUGAUAGGUGAAACCAAUAUGAAACCCACUAUUAAUGAACCAACACAUCCAUAGCAAGGCAUCUAACUUCCCUAACAGUGUUGUCUAUCACCUAUCCCCAGGAAAUCACGCAAAACCAACCCAACGGUCCUUUUAGUGAGCGUCUGCGUGUGUCUCCUGAUCUUCACCCUCCUCUUCAUGUUGGGGGUGGACAACCCUCAUAAACAGCUGGAGAAACCUGAAAUACAGGAGGACAACAUUCUCCCCCCGUCCGACACACACACAGAGCGGGACAGAGGCCCCUGUACUGCAGUCACAGUCCUGCUGCAGUACUUCCUGUUGGGGACGUUCACCUGGAACACGCUGUACGCCACACAUGUCUUCCUGAUGAUCAGAAACAGCCUGGCCACCAGCCCGUCACACUUCACAGCCUGUACCGUGGCCAUCGGAUGGGGUAGGACAGCUUGGAGAAAAAUAAAAUAUUUAGUUGUUUCAGAAGCUUUGGCUGGCAUUAGUCCUGGGCUCCUUGAACCAAAACGAAUGCUAGGUUAUAUUUUAUUUAGCCUAAAAUAGAACUUCAAAGCAACUUGUAUAGUGAUGUUAUGUCUUUAGAGGAUGUAUGUGUAGUAUAUAAUCUGUAUAUGUCUGCAUGCUAAUCUACCAGGACAUAACAACAACAUUCUCUGUCCUUUAGGACUGCCUGCGGUUGUGGUGGCCCUCACCUUAGGAAUUAGUUACAGAGUGGAUGAUCCACUGGGUUACAGGCAGGAGGAAUUGUGAGUCAAUACUGUACUAUACUACUACUGUAUUACUUCUCUGUACUGUAUUGUAUUGUACUAUACUAUACUGUACUUGAGCGACCCGGCUCAACAUACAGUGAGGGGAAAAAAGUAUUUGAUCCCCUGCUGAUUUUGUACGUUUGCCCACUGACAAAGAAAUGAUCAGUCUAUAAUUUUAAUGGUAGGUUUAUUUGAACAGUGAGAGACAAAAUAACAAAACAAAAAUCCAGAAAAACUCAUGUCAAAAAUGUUAUAAAUUGAAAUAAACAUUUGACCCCCUUUCAAUCAGAAAGAUUUCUGGCUCCCAGGUGUCUUUUAUACAGGUAACGAGCUGAGAUUAGGAGCACACUCUUAAAGGGAGUGCUCCUAAUCUCAGCUUGUUACCUGUAUAAAAGACACCUGUCAACAGAAGCAAUCAAUCAAUCAGAUUCCAAACUCUCCACCAUGGCCAAGACCAAAGAGCUCUCCAAGGAUGUCAGGGACAAGAUUGUAGACCUACACAAGGCUGGAAUGGGCUACAAGACCAUCGCCAAGCAGCUUGGUGAGAAGGUGACACCAGUUGGUGCGAUUAUUCGCAAAUGGAAGAAACACAAAAGAACUGUCAAUCUCCCUCGGCCUGGGGCUCCAUGCAAGAUCUCACCUCGUGGAGUUGCAAUGAUAAUGAGAACGGUGAGGAAUCAGCCCAGAACUACACGGGAGGAUCUUGUCAAUGAUCUCAAGCCAGCUGGGACCAUAGUCACCAAGAAAACAAUUGGUAACACACUACGCCGUGAAGGACUGAAAUCCUGCAGCGCCCGCAAAGUCCCCCUGCUCAAGAAAGCACAUAUACAGGCCCGUCUGAAGUUUGCCAAUGAACAUCUGAAUGAUUCAGAGGAGAACUGGGUGAAAGUGUUGUGGUCAGAUGAGACCAAAAUUGAGCUAUUUGGCAUCAACUCAACUCGCCAUGUUUGGAGGUGGAGGAAUACUGCCUAUGACCCCAAGAACACCAUCCCCACCGUCAAACAUGGAGGUGGAAACAUUAUGCUUUGGGGGUGUUUUUCUGCUAAGGGGACAGGACAACUUCACCGCAUCAAAGGGACGAUGGACGGGGCCAUGUACCGUCAAAUCUUGGGUGAGAACCUCCUUCCCUCAGCCAGGGCAUUGAAAAUGGGUCGUGGUUGGGUAUUCCAGCAUGACAAUGACCCAAAACACACGGCCAAGGCAACAAAGGAGUUGCUCAAGAAGAAGCACAUUAAGGUCCUGGAGUGGCCUAGCCAGUCUCCAGACCUUAAUCCCAUAGAAAAUCUGUGGAGAGAGCUGAAGGUUCGAGUUGCCAAACGUCAGCCUCGAAACCUUAAUGACUUGGAGAAGAUCUGCAAAGACGAGUGGGACAAAAUCCCUCCUGAGAUGUGUGCAAACCUGGUGGCCAACUACAAGAAACGUCUGACCUCUGUGAUUGCCAAAAAGGGUUUUGCCACCAAGUACUAAGUCAUGUUUUGCAGAGGGGUCAAAUACUUAUUUCCCUCAUUAAAAUGCAAAUCAAUUUAUAACAUUUUUGACAUGUGUUUUUCUGGAUUUCUUUGUUGUUAUUCUGUCUCUCACUGUUCAAGUAAACCUACCAUUAAAAUCAUGUCUUUGUCAGUGGGCAAACAUACAAAAUCAGCAGGGGAUCAAAUACUUUUUUCCCUCACUGUAUUUCCUGGUUUGUGACCCACUGAUACCGCCCCCGGUGAGAGAGGAGUAAGGCAGUCCAAAAAGUUAACACACACAGGAACUUUAUUCACACACAGGAGAAGAUGCACAUGGGGAUGAUUUUUGUAAUCACGCAUCCCAUGCACAUGUGUCUACGCUCUGACACUGGAAAAAAACACAGUUCAGGCCCGGCUAAUACUGAUACGCUAGAAAGAGCAUGCAGCGGACCCGACUAGCCAGUGCUGGGCUAGCUUGGAGCAUCUGACCAAUCACAGGGUGCAUGGUCAGUGCAUGGGCAGAGUGUGGGGUGCAUGGGAACAGUCUGAUUGGCUGAUGCCACGAGCUGGAAGUGAUGGAUAUCGCUCACAUGAACUGAACUGAACUCUAUUGUAUUAUACUGUACUGUACUACCAAUAUAUAUGUGGGGCAAUUGCUGUAUAAAAUGUUAUAACUCAUACUGUAAAAGGUUUUCCCUGUUUUACCUGUCAUUCUUUUAACGAUGGCUAAAAGAAUGAUCCAUUGUGUUGAAAGGUUUCUUAUUUACUUAUGCCACCCACCAUGUUUACUUUAUACCACAUUAUUCAAAUCACUGGUGUCCUGUUUUGUCUGUCACAAAGUCCCACUCUCUAACUCAUUCAUUUGACCUUUCAGUUGCUGGCUUGCUGCCCUCGAUCCAAAGGGGAACUUUGACUUCAAGCUGCCAAUGUUUUGGGGGUUCCUGAUCCCUGUGGCGUUCAUGCUUAUCUUCAACAUGGUGGUGUUGGUAUAUUUUGUAGUUACCACAUCCAAGACCAACCCACAUAUAACCAGGUAACAUUAAAGGGGGCAUUUUGGGGGCACAAAGUAGAACGUUGUAGUCAUUAAGAUCAGUCUUGAUUUAAAUGCCUACUAAUGAGCUUGUUAAUUUUGUAUUGUCUUUCAAUUAAAACUUUUUAUAAAUAAAAUGCAUGCUUUUUUUUAUUAUUAAUUCAGUCAUAAGUAAGCAAAUUAUACAAUUUGAUGAGCACCAUUCUCUAACCCACUCAGUCAUUGGAAGCAUAAUGUUAUUUUACCACAGCAUUACAGCAGUCUAUGACCGCAAUCUAAGCAUGUUGGUUAUAUUUCCCAGUACAAGACACACAUCGAUGAAGAAGAAGUUCCUCAGUAGCUUUUCUCUGGCUGUGGUGCUCGGUCUCUCCUGGAUCCUGGGCUAUCUGUUGCUCAUUACACAGAACCAGACCAUGUACACCAUACUCAACAUCUCCUUCUGUGUACUCACCACCACUCAGGUAGUAAAUGUAUGCACUCACUACUGUAAGUCGCUCUGGAUAAGAGAGUCUGCUAAAUGACUCAAAUGUUAAAUAUAAAGACUAGUGUACUAUUGUACCACAGAAUCCAGACAUGAUUGAAAACUAGACACCUACUAAACAUUAAUAAAUUCUGCUGCUCUUUAUAGAAACGCUACCUUUUGUUUGUACGUGUUUAUUCCUGAAAAUACUUGAUAAUGUCUUUGUGUUUUUGUUUUCACUCCACAGGGCUUGCAGGUUUUCAUUCUGUUCACAGCAAGAACAGCAAUUGUCAAGAAAAAGAUGUCAAGUGCUUUGAAAUCUGUCUCUAGCGCUGGGAUCCCUCUUCACACCAAGAAGUACAGUCUAUGGCGAGGCGAGCAAAGUGAAAAAGUAGAAUCAUACACACAGCAGGACACUGAUCUGUCAUUUCUACCUUGUUCCUCACAGACAUCUAACUGAUGGGCUGCAAGUUCAACCUCUGUUGUAAAAUAUCUCAUAUACCGCCACUAUUUCCUAUAAUAUACAGAAUAAUACACACCAUUUUGUAUCAAUGUAUUUUUACUGUAAAUUCCCUCAGAAGUUGUGUUGUCCAAGAAUUUUUUGGCUAUGCACAUACUGUAUAUACAUACUGUAUGUGUUUUUUGAAAUAUAACUGUUUUGAAUAAAACUGUGAUUAUUCUCUUUGAAUCGAAUGUUUGUUUCAGUAUUUUUUGUGAGAAAUUACACUACUUUACACAAUAUCUCAGAAAAUAUCUUUAGACAGUGUAGCCUAGGGAUGUCAAACUACAUAAUUUUCCCUGCGGGCCACGUUCGUUCUUUACCAAGGCCGCACUUAAAAUGUAUGAACCUUUUACUGCAGUGGGCUAAAUCAGGGUCACACAGAGUGAUUCUUGGUUGUCUUGGUUGGUAACAAAUCUACCUUCAAACAAAAGUAUACACCACACACACAUGGUUAUGGGCUUAAAAAAAGAAGACACCUGUACAAUGCCAGAUAUAGAGUUGAAAUCUAUGCCAUUUUGAGUUUCCAUCCUAAUAUUACACUUUAUAUACAUCACAGAAGACUGAAAUAUAACAAAACUGUUUGACAUAGAAACACCAGAUUUUCAUCCUCAUAAAAUGAAAAACGUAUUAAUUAUGAAAUGAUUAAUAACAUUCCACCCAUGAGGCCAAAGAGGGCACUUUUGGUCAUUGACUGCAGGAAAGGGCUACAAAGCUUCUGCUCCACCAGCCUAUAUAGCUCAGGCAACAAGCUCCAGCUGCCAAUUACAUCUGUGGUAGUACAAGGCAACAAAGCAGGUCAGGCUCUGAUGCUGCGGGACAGCAAGGAUGAGAGGGUUCGCCAGCCAGAGAUCAAGGAGGUAUGACAGGCUCAGGAAGAAAGCAGGCAUGUCAGAGGGAGGUAUGAAAGGCUGAGGAAGAAAACAGGUAUGUCAGUGGGUGGUAUGAAAGGCUGAGGAAGAAACCAGGCAUGUCAGAAGGAGGUAUGAAAGGCUGAGGAAGAAAACAGACAUGUCAGAGGGAGGUAUGAAAGGCUCAGGAAGAAAGCAGGCAUGUCAGAGGGAGGUAUGAAAGGCUCAGGAAGAAAGCAGGCAUGUCAGAGGGAGGUAUGAAAGGCUGAGGAAGAAAGCAGGCAUGUCAGAGGGAGGUCUGAAAGGCUGAGGAAGAAAGCAGGAAUGUCAGAAGGAGGUAUGAAAGGCUGAGGAAGAAAGCAGGCAUGUCAGAGGGAGGUAUGAAAGGCUGAGGAAGAAAGCAGGCAUGUCAGAGGGAGGUAUGAAAGGCUGAGGAAGAAAGCAGGCAUGUCAGAGGGAGGUAUGAAAGGCUGAGGAAGAAAACAGGCAUGUCAGAAGGAGGUAUGAAAGGAUGAGGACUAAACCAGGCAUGUCAUGGGGAGGUAUGAAAGGCUGAGGAAGAAAGAAGGCAUGUCAGAGGGAGGUAUGAAAGGUUGAGGACGAAUGCAAAACAUUUCUGCAGCAUUGAAGGUCUCCAAGAAGACAGUGGCCUCCAUCAUUCUUAAAUGGAAGAAGUUUGGAACCACAAAGACUCUUUCUGGAGCUGGCCGCCUGGCCAAACUGAGCAAUUGGGAGAGAAGGGCCUUGGUGAGGGAGGUGACCAAGAACCCGGUGGUCAUUCUGACAGAGCUCCAGAGUUCUUCUGUGGAGAUGGGAGAACCUUCCAGAAGGACAACCAUCCCUGCAGACGGAAGCCACUCCUCAGUAAAAGGCACAUGAUAGCCCGCUUGGAAGAAGGAGUAGCGAUUACAGUGUCGUCCGGCUCAUAGAAGGCACAGGGUGGCGAGUACCUGUCAGGUGAGCCGACAGCGAUGUAUUUUAGAUAUUAUACUUCCUCACAGUCAACAUUUGCUAAAGAUAGUCCUCUAUCCAGCGCUUUUGGAAUUUUCCAGGCUGCCUGAAUGUCUAGGUUUUGUUAAGAUCACUUUUAGCAAGCUGGGCAGAGUGAAGAGACUAUAAAUGUUGAUCCAUUAUCAUUUCAACACAAUUUCGAUUUGGUUUGAGUCAUUUCACUGUCGUUUGAGAUAAAAAAAAAAUAUAAUAAUCAGAAGAAUGAAAUGAAUUAUUCUGGGCCGGAAUGAAUGGGCUCGCGGGCCCAUAUCCAAUCGAUACUAGCCUAAACUAGACCUAGGAAAAACAAGAGUACAGUAGUUGCCUAAAGAAUGACUGUGACCUAAAGGGGUGAUGUUGAUGUCACCAGGAAUUAUGAAGUUCACACUGUACUGUAUAUCUGCGUUGUGCUCCUCAAACAAAGUCUGAUGUAGAGUUUAUACUAAUUCUUAUUUACAUAUGAUUUGGUUUUCCUCUACCUCAACAGGCACUAUUAUUGUCACUAUAUAUGACAGUUAGGAUAUCUCCUUAGUAGGGUUGCAAUAGUCCAUGAAUUUACAAUAAAUUACAUGGUUUUCCCAAAAUCCUGGUUGGAGGUUUCCCUGUGUCAGGAAGGAAUAAGCAGGAAAUCCUGAAUCCUCAAACCAUGAUUUUUGGAUAACCAGGGAAUUUAUUGAAAGUUACUGGAAUUUUGCAACACUACUCAUUAGGUAGCCAGCGGUGUAUCACAUUCCCACCAUUAGUAAGUCUCAAUGCUUUGAAGUAUGCAUGUCACUGUGUAUUUAUUCCUUCUGUCACUAUGUCUAUUUUUGAUGUUUAACUCUGCAUUGUUGGAAAAGGACCCAUAAGUAAGCAUUUCACUGUUAGUCUACACCUGUUGUUCACGAAGCAUGUGACAAAUAAAAUAUGAUUAGAUGUUGACGAAGCCUCCUCUGUCUCUACCUUCAACUGCCAUGUUGUGGCGCCAAUACUCUUCCUAUAAAGGGGGAUUUCUUAUGGAUAGUGGAAUGGUCCAUCUAAACUGUUCACCGGUUUUCCUCAUCAAUGUGCAGAUAGGUAGAGAUGUUUAUAAAAACACUUUUAGCAUAUUCACUUUCGCUUAUAGACUGUAUGUCUAAUUUCAAGAAUUCAAGGUUCAUUUGUUUCAUAAGGUUCAUUUAGGGGUACAUUCUUAGAGAACUGCUAAACAUUUUGCCCACAAUUAUAGGGAAAAAAGUGACAGUUCAAUAAAAAGUGUUUCUUUAUUAUUAAUGGGUGGUCCCGGGUUCAAUCCCCGGGACCACCCAUACGUAAAAAUGUAUGCACACAUGACUGUAAGUCGCUUUGGAUAAAAGCGUCUGCUAAAUGGCAUAUUAUAUUAUAUAGGGCUACAUUCUUGGAGAACUACUAUACAUUUUGCCAAAAAAAGUGACAGUUCAAUAAAAAGUGUUUCUUUAUUAUUAAAAACAAUGAGUUCAGCCUUUGAGCCUUCAUUAGGGCCAUGCACCUUGGUUGGACUGCAAAUAGUGACAGACUGUAUACUUCUAUUUUGCAUACUUUUAUUUUGCAUGUCGGUUAGAGUCAGAGUAAGUCAUCACAUCUCAGUGAGCUGUUGUGUGCGAACCAUCCCUCAUGUUUGGCAUCAGCGGAGGGUUCUCAGGAUGUACACUGACUGGUAACAGUGAGUGAAGGGCUGACAUGGCUCGUCUGCCCUUUUUAUGUGCACAUGAUCUGGCUCCUCUUAGCUGCCCAGGUGACGGUGAGCCAGCUGAACCUGGUGUCCCACAGCGUGGUGGCUGCUCCCUACCAAUGGGAGUACCCCUACCUGCUCAGUAUCAUCCCCUCCCUCUUCAGCUUCAUGGCCCUGCCCAAAAACAACAUCAGCUACCUGUUGAUCUCCAUGACCAGUGCUGGGUUCUUCUGCAUAGCGCCGCUCAUCUACGGGGCUAUGGAGAUGUUCCCGGUGGUGAAUCCAAUGUUUUUAGAUUUGUGGAUGAAGUAGUGAAGGACUGUACAUUUCAGGAGGAAGGAGAUAUUACUGGGACCUCCCCAUGACUAGGUCAGGGCAUGAUGUGGCCUUAAUGAGAGGAGCCUUCCAGAACUGUAAAGGAACAGGGAAAGGGUUAAGAGAAGGGAAUAGCAGUUGUCAGAUUGAGUCCAUAUGGUUGUGUGCUGGUGUCAAUGCACAUGUUCACGUUGACAGUACUUAACAAUUACAUUGUUUCUAAAUGACAUGUACAUUGUUAAAUAACAAUAAAAUGGGUAUGCUGCGGCAGCUUUGCAUCUAUUGUCUAUUUCAUUAAUUACAUGAAUUAAUCACAACAAUGUAAAGGCACCAUUUGUCAUCUCUGCAGUUGGGUUCAUCUUUCCUAUUACCAUGGUUCCUUUAGAAACAAGUGCCUUUCAUUGGAACUGUUUACUCUCAGUAUACGAUGAGCUUUGUGUUACAUGCACCUCAGCAUAGUACCUAUGCUCUAGAACAGGGUUUCCCAUUUUGGUUUUUGUUCUAGCACUACAUUGCUGAUUCAAAUAUACAAACCUUGACGAUGAGUUGGUUAUUUGAAUUAACUGUGUAGUGCUAGUGCAAAAACCAAAACAUGCACCCAGGUAGGCCCCAGGACCGAGUUUGGGAAACCUUGUUCAAGAGAAGUCUACCGUCUAGUGCCCUCAAAUUCUAAUCCAGACAUCCAAGCCAGUUCCAUUGCUUUUCAAAAAUAUUAUUCCCCUCUAAUCAGGAAAUCUAAUUACACCUGCUCUAGUGGAAAAAAGUUGUUAUGUUUACCGAAACAAGUUCUGUACCUUCCCAGCUGCAACCAAGAAUGUUUUGCAUAGAGAAGGGUAAUGCUAUUGGUUGACUGGUCCUGACAGGUGAAGAACAGAGCAGUAUAAGACCAAUAGACGUCCUAAUAAUGUGCAGUCUGCUUACACUGCAUGCCUGGAAACAGCAGAGAUGAAGGAGCUAUGGAUUAUGGCUGUCUUUGCUACAGGUAAGACUUGCACUACAUUUGAAUUAUUCAGGGUGAUUUAAGAUGUUCAGAUGUACACUGAGUGGACAAAACAUUAAGAACACAUGCCCUUUCCAUGACAUACAGUGCUUUCGGAAAGUAUUCAGACCCCUUCACUUUUUCCACAUUUUGUUACGUUACAGCCUUAUUCUAAAAUCGAUUAAAUUGUUUUUGUUCUUCAUCAAUAUACACACAAUACCACAUAAUGACAAAGCAAAAACAGGUUUUUAGACAUUUUUGCUGAUUAAUAAAAAAUAAAAAACUGAAAUAUUAUUUUUACUUAAGUAUUCAGACCCUUUACUCAGUACUUUGUUAAAACACCUUAGCCAGAUAUGACAGCAUCGAGUCUUAGGUAUGACGCUACAAGCUUGGCACACCUGUAUUUGGGGAGUUAUUCCAUUCUUCUCUGCAGAUACUCUCAAGUUCUGUCAAUUUGAAAGGGGAGCAUUUCUGUACAGCUAUUUUCAGGUCUCUCCAGAGAUGUUCGAUCGGGUUCAAGUCCGGGCUCUGGCUGGGCCACUCAAGGAUAUUCAGAGACUUGUCCCAAAGCAACUCCUGCAUUGUCUUGGCUGUGUGCUUAGGUCGUUAUCUUCUUGUAAGGUGAACCUUCACCCCAGUCUGAGGUCCUGAAUGCUCUGGAGCAAGUUAUCAAGUUAGGGUCAAGUUAUCAGAUGUGCAAUAAAUGUAUGACGCAUUUAACUUAUCAAUUGAGUAUUACCAAUUUAUGACUUUACCGUUUUUACAGUUUGGUUUAUGAAUUUUAAAGUUUGGUUUAUAGACAAUGAUUGACUGAUGUUUUGUCUGUUUGCUGCGAGGGAUACAAUAACAUCAAUAAAGACAUUGUUUCAGAGUUUAUUUUUAUCCAAACACUAUUUAGAUGUACUGUUAAGCUGUUUACAUACUGUGAAUAGACUACUGUCAGGUCUCAGAUACAGUUGAUAACAGAGUAGCUUUUGCUAUCAAAUGUCUACCGUUUAUUGGCAGUGAUAAAGACUUCUUUCUCUCAUAAAGUACAGUAGAAAACAUUUCUACACUGGUGCAGAAACACAAUGAAACUGGAACAACAUGGAUCAUCUGCUAUGCUUAUAGCAACUGACACUAUGUACCCUUGUUUAUGUGGUUUACUGAGGUAAAUAUUUUUUGGGGGGCAGUCUCUUUGCUACACAGGGAUCUCACCACAUCCUCUGCCAUUCCAACCACCAUUGACAUAACUACUCCAGCUACUGCUGCCCCUACCUCUACCCCUAUCACCAGUACCACUCUCCCCACCACCUCUACCCCUACCCCCAAAACCACCUCUCCCACCACCAAUUUUACAACCACCUCUCCCACCACAACCCCUCCUCUGGUCUGUAUCAAUGGUGGUGAGCUGGAGAGUGGAGACUGUAUCUGUCCUGAUGAGUGGACCGGAGAGACCUGUUCAGAGGGUAAAUCCACACACUUACACUAUACCUAACCCUGGAUCUCACAUUCAGAGUCCACAACACUAUUCCUUGGAUCUCACAUUCAGAAUGGAUAUUUCAUGUUUAGUCAUACAUUUGGUCCAUGUUGAAAUGUAUUUUACUUCGAUAGAGAAUUUCUGCAAUUCAACCAUCAAGGAUGGAUUCUCCUUCCCAAGAACAAUGGUUGACUUGUCUGCUUAUUCAAAAGAGGAGUGUGGUGAGAAUACAGCCAGUGGUAUGUUACUUUUAUUCACCUAAACUGACAAAAUGUAUUAUUCUGUUACAGUCCUAAUUAAUGGUGUAUAAGGUAACACAAAAUCUUGAAUAUCUUUUUAUAUUGGUUCCUCCAGCCGGAUUACCAGCAGCCUUCGCAGAAUGUUCGAAUGACACUGGAUCUCUGAUGUUUGGUUAUCCUGUGGAGUUGGACUGUGAAUUGACCCUCAGUGACAUUCAAGGAAAUGUAAGUCAAUAUUAUUUUUUAUUUAUGAUCCUGAUUUAUGACAAGUCUCAAUUUUGCGUUCUUCUUUCUUUGGGUCAGUUACAGUUAUCAUUAUGAGGAGUCGAUCUUACAGUUUGAAGAUCAGUAUCAACUGGCUUUUACCUUCAGCUCAUGUAUUCUGUUCCUUUAUUCUGCUUAACAGUUUUUUUUCUUUCUUGUGUUUUACAUUACAUUUAGUCAUUUAGCAGACACUCUUAUCCAGAGUGACUUACAGUAGUGAGUGUAUACAUUUUCAUACUGGUCCCCCGUGGGAAUCGAACCCACAACCCUGGCGUUGCAAUUGCCUUGCUCUACCAACUGAGCCACGUAGUUAGUAUUGUCAAUUUUAAUAUCCAAAUAUACUCACAGUUCAACAUGUUCCUGCCACUUAUACAAAAACAAUACAAUACUACACUAAAUAAAAAUCAUUCUCUCUCCCUAUUCAGAUCUCCAGCAGUUCAGGUGAUUUAGCACAGCUAGCCUUCAGUACUCAGAUCCUGACCUCCCAACCAGAGCGGCUAUCAGCUGACAACAUCACCACAGCAGCUCAGAUAGCUAACACUCUGCUUCAGUCUGUAAAUAUCACAGAGGUAUAACAUGUUUUGGAAUCAAGUCGUGACUAUGACAUGUUCUGGAGAGAAACGUGAGGUUGUUAUUGCAGUGAUUUGAACACUUGUGGGUAAUUCCCUGGUUUUGAUUAUGUUGCAGGAUAUCGCAGUGGCAGCUGUAACUACCAUCAGUCAGCUGCUGAAUGCCAGGAAUGAGAGUGCAAAGCAGAGAGACGCUGUCCAGAGGUGUGUGUGUGUGUGUGCUGCAUAUGUUUGAGUUUAUGUGUGUACGUGUGUCUCUGUGCGUGUCUGCAUGGGUGCAUGUAAACUAAUGUUUUUCUGUGUUUCUCUCCCAGACUCACAGAGACCCUGGAGGAGUUUUCCCUGGACCAGCAGAGUGACGUGUCCUUGGUUCAGCCCAACCUGGUAGUCCUGUCUGUCCAAGUACCAAGUGACACAGUAGGGAUCCAGUUUACUGCUCCGACUGGUGGGUGGGACUGCUAGUGAACCUACAUACUGGCAUUUAAAGUGAUAGUUUAUACAGUGGGGAGAACAAGUAUUUGAAACACUGCCGAUUUUGCAGGUUUUCCUACUUACAAAGCAUGUAGAGGUCUGUAAUUGCAUUGUAUGAUUUUUAAGUAAUUAAUUAGCAUUUUAUUGCAUGAGAUAAGUAUUUGAUACAUCAGAAAAGCAGAACUUAAUAUUUGGUACAGAAACCUUUGUUUGCAAUUACAGAGAUCAUACGUUUCCUGUAGGUCUUGACCAGGUUUGCACACACUGCAGCAGGGAUUUUGGCCUACUACUCCAUACAGACCUCCAGAUCCUUCAGGUUUCGGGGCUUUCGCUGGGCAAUACAGACUUUCCCCUCCCUCCAAAGAUUUUCUAUUGGACUCAGGUCUGGAGACUGGCUAGGCCACUCCAGGACCUUGAGAUGCUUCUUACGGAGCCACUCCUUAGUUCCCCUGGCUGUGUGUUUCGGGUCGUUGUCAUGCCGGAAGACCCAGCCACGACCCAUCUUCAAUGCUCUUACUGAUGGAAGGAGGUUGUUGGCCAUGAUCUCGCGAUACAUGGCCCCAUCCAUCCUCCCCUCAAUACGGUGCAGUCGUCCUGUCCCCUUUGCAGAAAAGCAUCCCCAAAGAAUGAUGUUUCCACCUCCAUGCUUCAUGGUUGGGAUGGUGUUCUUGGGGUUGUACUCAUCCUUCUUCUUCCUCCAAACACCGCGAGUGGAGUUUAGACCAAAAAGCUAUAUUUUUGUCUCAUCAGACCACAUGACCUUCUCCCAUUCCUCCUGUGGAUCAUCCAGAUGGUCAUUGGAAAACUUCAGACGGGCCUGGACAUGCGCUGGCUUGAGCAGGGGGACCUUGCGUGCGCUGCAGGAUUUUAAUCCACAACGGCAUGGUGCUUUACUAAUGGUUUUCUUUGAGACUGUGGUCCCAGCUCUCUUCAGGUCAUUGACCAGGUCCUGCCGUGUAGUUCUGGGCUGAUCCCACACCUUCCUCAUGAUCAUUGAUGCCCCACGAGGUGAGAUCUUGCAUGGAGCCCCAGACCGAGGGUGAUUGACCGUCAUCUUGAACUUCUUCCAUUUUCUAAUAAUUGCGCCAACAGUUGUUGCCUUCUCACCAAGCUGCUUGCCUAUUGUCCUGUAGCCCAUCCCAGCCUUGUGCAGGUUUACAAUUUUAUCCCUGAUGUCCUUAAACAGCUCUCUGGUGUUGGCCAUUGUGGAGAGGUUGGAGUCUGUUUGAUUGAGUGUGUGGGCAGGUGUCUUUUAUACAGGCAACGAGUUCAAACAGGUGCCGUUAAUACAGGUAAUGAGUGGAGAACAGGAGGGCUUCUUAAAGAAAAACUAACAGGUCUGUGAGAGCCGGAAUUCUUACUGGUUGGUAGGUGAUCAAAUACUUAUGUCAUGCAAUAAAAUGCAAAUUAAUUACUUAAAAAUCAUACAAUGUGAUUUUCUGGAUUUUUGUUUUAGAUUCCGUCUCUCACAGUUUAAGUGUACCUAUGAUAAAAACUACAGACCUCUACAUGCUUUGUAAGUAGGAAAACCUGCAAAAUUGGCAGUGUAUCAAAUACUUGUUCUCCCCACUGUAUCUGUGUUAACAGACUGGUUAAACUUCUUAAAAUCUUAUUUUUCAUAUGUUUCUCCUCUACUGUUGGUCAAUAAGGUUUGGUAUGGAUUUGAUUUGUUGUACUACAGACAAGUACAGAACAGUCGAGGCUGCUGAGGGGAGGACGGCUCAUAAUAAUGGUUGGAACGGAGCGAAUGGAAUGGCAUCAAACACAUGGAAACCAUGGAAAACACGUGUUUGAAGUAUUUGAUACCAUUCCACUGAUUCCGCUCCAGCCGUUACCAUGAACCCGUCCUCCCCAAUUAAGGUGCCACCAACCUCCUGUGGUACAGAACGAACACUAUAUUGUUCAGCUUAAAAUGUCUAAAUCAAAUUAAUCUCCUCCAGGAAGAUCUGGUAAUUUUGUGGCCAACAGAAUUAAUCUCAUCACUAAUACCUCUGAACUGAUAGCUAACAAAGGAGGUGCUACCGUUGUCCAGAUUGUUAUCAAAUUCCCACCAGGUGAGCCAAUGUUGGUAUAAUUACAAACAUAGUUUAUAAACUCAAGCUUCAAUUCCCUUAUACAGCUUUCACCAAGAGUGCUUAACUGCUCGUUGUGUAUAUGAAGUCCUGAUAUGAACAACAAUCUCUCUCUUUCUCUCCCACCUCUCUCUCUUUCUCACUUUCUCCCUCUCUCUCCCCUCUUUCUCCUUCACUCCACUCAGUUAUACGUAGUAAAAACAAAAACAACUCCAUUGGUUUUGUGCUCUACCAAAAUGACCAGUUCUUCAGGUCCAGGACUUUCAGAGCUUCUUCAGGAACCAGCAGAAGGGUCAUCUCUGCUAACCUUGGACAAGUGUCUGGGCUGCAUGUUGAGAUGCUCUUCAAGUCCACAGUAAGAUUUCUAUUGGAAUCGGUAAACGCAUAGUGGUCCAAAUUCUCUGGGAAAUUUAAUGGGAAGUUUUCCAUUAUGUACAGUACAUUCGGAAAGUAUUCAGACCCAUUCACUUUUUCAACAUUUUGUUACGUUACAGCCUUAUUCUAAAAUUGAUUAAAUUAUUUUUUUCCUCAUCAAUCUACACACAAUACCCCAUAAUGACAAAGCAAAAACAGGUUUUUAGAAAUGUUUGUAAAUUUAUUACAAAUAAAAAACUGAAAUAUGACAUUUACAUAAGUAUUCAGACCCUGUACUCAGUACUUUGUUGAAGCACCUUUGGCAGCGAUUACAGCCUUGAGUAUUCUUGGGCAUGACGCUGCAAGCUUGGCACACCUGUAUUUGGGAAGUUUCUCCCAUUCUUCUCUGCAGAUCCUCUCAAGCUCUGUCAGGUUGGAUGGGGAGCGUCGCUGCACAGCUAUUUUCAGGUCUCUCCAGAGAUGUUCGAUCGGGUUCAAGUCCGGGCUCUGGCUGGGCCACUCAAGGACAUCCAGAGACUUUUCCGGUAGCCACUCCUGCACUGUCUUGGCUGUGUGCUUAGGGUCGUUGUCCUGUUGGAAGGUGAACCUUCGCCCCAGUCUGAGGUCCUGAGCGCUCUGGAGCAGGUUUUCAUCAAGGAUCUCUCUGUACUUUGCUCCGUUCAACUUUCCCUCAAUUCUGACUAGUCACACUGCCGCUGAAAAACAUACCCACAGCAUGAUGCUGCCACCACCAUGCUUCACCGUAGGGAUGGUGCCAGGUUUCCUCCAGACGUGACGCCUGGCAUUCAGGCCAAAGGGUUCAAUCUUGGUUUCAUCAGACCAGAGAAUCUUGUUUCUCAUGGUCUUAGAGUCCUUUAGGUGCCUUUUGGCAAACUCCAAGCGGGCUGUCAUGUGCCUUUUACUGAGAAGUGGCUUCCGUCUGGCCACUCUACCAUAAAGGUCAGAUUGGUGGAGUGCUGCAGAGAUGGUUGUCCUUCUGGAAGGUUCUCCCAUCUCCACAGAGGAACUCUGGCGCUCCCUUCUCCCCCGAUUGCUCAGUUUGGCUGGGCGGCCAGCUCUAGGAAGAGUCUCUAUGGUUCCAAACUUCUUCCAUUUAAGAAUGAUGGAGGCCACUGUGUUCUUGGGGACAUUCAAUGCUGCAGACAUUUUUUGAUACCCUUCUCCAGAUAUGUGCCUCGACACAAUCCUGUAUCGGAGCUCUACGGACAAUUCCUUCGACCUCAUGGCUUGGUUUUUGCUCUGACAUGCACUGUCAACUGUGGGACCUCAUAUAGACAGGUGUGUGCCUUUCCAAAUCAUGUCCAAUCAAAAGAAUGUACCACAAGUGGAUCCCAAUCAAGUUGUAGAAACAUCUCAAGGAUGAUCAAUGGAAACAGGAUGCACCUGAGCUCAAUUUCACGUAUCAUAGAAAAGGGUCUAAAUACUUAUGUAAAUAAGAUAUUUCUGGGUUUUUUUAAACCUGUUUUCGCUUUGUCAUUAUGGGGUAUUGUGUGUAGAUUGCUGAGGAUCUAUUUGUUAUUUAAUCAAUUUUAGAAGAAGGCUGUAACGCCCAAAAAAUGUGGAAAAAGUCAACGGGUCUGAAUACUUUUCGAAUGCACUGUAGGUCACGUGUCAAACUCAUUGCACGGAGUACGUGAUUGAUAAUUAAGGUCACUGAUUAGUAAGAAACUCCCCUCAUCUGAUUGUCUAGGUCUUAAUUGAAAACAAAAAACUAAAACCAGCAGACACUAGGCCCUCCAUUGAAUGAGUUUGACACCCCUGAUCUAAGUUAUCCAUUGACGCUUAUCCGCCACAAUGAACAAGGAAGCAUAUUUUGGCCAGUGAACAAGGAAGCAUAUGUUGUCUUGUAUAUAAUAUGAUCUAUCAUAAUUGAAACUUCUUCUUUCCCACAUUUAAGUAAUGACCUAUUAUAUUUCACAAUUGACUUAAUUUUUUUUUUUUUAUGAGGAACUUUGUGAAUGCAUGUCUUUUGCUGAAGGAUUUACAUUGAGUUUGUUUUUGUUCUCACUUCUCAGGCUGUCCCCAACGCCUCCCUCUAUGACUUUGCCUGCGUGUGGUGGAACUACACGUUGAAAGACUGGAGCACCUCUGGCUGCUCCAAAGUCAACCACUCAGAAGACGGCCUGCGAUGUUUCUGUAAUCACACCACUAACUUCGCUGUGCUUAUGGUGAGUAGCUAGCUGCCUUCAUCUCCCUUUAACUGACCACACUCUGACCUUUGGAAGGGGUUCCCAAACAUUAUUGGCCCACAACCCUGUUUUGAUAUCUGAAAAUUCUCAUGACCCAAACCAUGUGAAUUUUCUUUUGUAAUUAAGAGCCAAUGUUUACUUUUUUAUAUGGGGUUAUGACAAUCAAUUGCAAAACAUUCAGUAUUUCUGAUUGUCUUCUCAACUCACCAUCACAUACUUUUAAUGUGGGGCUAUGACAGUCAAUAGCAAAUUGGUCUGACAUAAUGUCUCUUAUCUCAUCACCACUAAUGAGAUGAUGAGAUCAGAGACAUGAUGCAUGUCGCAUUGGAGCUUCUCAAAGUCAGGGGGUGUGGUUGACAGUGCCCACCUCAUCUCUGCUGUCACUUCCAACCUGGAUCGAUAUUUGGUUUUAAUGCAGACGAGUGCACUAAAUCCAGCCUCACACAGAUAUUAGCGGGCAAAGGGUACCAUGAGUUUUAAUGCUCAGAAGGAGACGGCAGGGUAUUCCCUUUGAGUGAUGAACCAAAAUGGGUUAUCUGCAGCAUUCUGUCAUAUGACGGCUCGAUUAGUUUUCAUUUUCACUUACCGCUAUGUCAACUGAGGCAGAAUCACAGUCAAACAGAUUUCUCUCCAAUAAGAAAUCUUUCCACUGAAUCCACUGAUUCGGUCACUCAUCUGUAGAAUGUUUUUUGUAUUUCCCCUGCAUGCUUGCGUUCAGUUUGUUCAGUUUCCCAAAUGUGUCAGUUACAUAUGCAAGGGGACACAUUUUAUUUUCAUUACACAGAAAGUCAACAAAGUCUGUCUGUUUAUUUGCCCACCAUUCAAUCCCAUGGAAUCUGUUUUUCUUCAGUAUAGCCAUGCAGCGCAUCCUCUGUACAGUUUCAUGCUCUAUAUGUCCUUGUGAAUAGCAUCCCCCGACAUUUAGCGAACAAAAGUAAAUGAAUGGGCAUCUCGGCCCUCAGAACUAACUUCCAUUUGGAAAGCUGGAGAGUUUUUUAGUGGUUCAGUAGGUUUCAUAUUGAUUGCUAGCUAUAGCAUUAAUUCUUACUUUUACAGUGUUAUCUGACAAAGGUAUUGAUGUGAGUUUCUGUGACUCGGCCUCCCCACACCUUGUUUUCACCAUAUCGAUUGUGGCGGUAAUAUCUCUGAAAUAGUGUGUGGUUUCAUUCUGUAGUGGGCCUAGCCAUUCACCUGGGAAUAGGGUGACCACAUGUCCCAGAUUGUGCGGGACAGUCCCGCAUUUUGGCCCUUUAUCAAGCAACUAAACAAUCAUGUCCCGCAUUUUAUCAACAAAUUCAAACACCACCAAUUUUAGAAAAAACUUUGAUUUGUCCAGUAUUUCGGUCAGACAUUCCAACCUGUCUCUUGCAGUCACAUUGCGCUCAUGACAGUUAAUUUCCACCUUGUUACUCACAGAUUGUAUAAAACAUCUAAUUGAUUGGCUGCAAGUUCAACAAUAUCUCAUAGUUAGGCCUCCUAACUGCUUACAAAGAGCUUCUGCUGAAGAGCUAGAAAAGUAGGUAAAUAGCCACAUUAGACUGAAAGAUAUAAUCAAAGCAGCAGGAAGUUGAGUGCUGAGGGUGUUGCAGCAGCCCCUGAGAAAUCACAAUGACACAAUAAUAAUAAUACAUAUUUUCACUAAAGUAGUGCAUUGGGCCUUUACUAGUCCUGUAUUAGCAGACCGAUAUAACCGUUUUAUAGUGCGGGCAAAAAAAUUAAACAUGAAGAAUCAGCAUUCACAAUUGACAGUGAUGAUGCAUUGGCCUAUUUUUAAAUUAUGUAUCGGGUAGGCUACACUGUCCCGCAAAAUCAUCCUGUUGUCCCGCAUUUGUGUAUUUUAAAUGUAUUUUAAAUGUUCCUUAAGUGGGAAUGAUUCAAGUGCAACGGUCAAGUGAGGCCUUUUCCCACGAUCUAAGGGAGCUCUCUGGUUGAAUUUUCAAUUUCAAUUUUUAAGGUUAACCACAUUACAAUGAUUUUGAGAUCCAAAGACAAUGUGGUUUACCACAGCUUAUCCAGACACAUGAGGGAGAUAAAUUUAUACAGUAUGACUGUGACAAACUUAGUGUUGAAAUGUAUUUUUUUUAUUUUCUUUCUACAGUCGUUCAGGAGGGAUUUUAAAUACGCUCAUGCUCUAAACUGGAUCACCACAUUGGGAUGCUCCAUUUCCAGCAUAGGGUUGAGUUUAACAAUAACAUUCCAGAUCGUGACCCGGUAAGAUCCUACAGGGUUCCAGAACCAAUUCAAAAUAUUGGGUGCAUCUCAAUAGUGUGAAGAAGCCCUUUGUCUGAUCCAACAUGACUUGAUAGGUGAAAUCAAUAUGAAACCCACUAUUAAUGAACCAACACAUCCAUAACUACGCAUCUAACUUCCCUAACAUCUAUCACCUAUCCCCAGGAAAAAACGCAAAACCAACCCAACGGUCCUCUUAGUGAGCAUCUGCGUGUGUCUCCUGAUCUUCACCCUCCUCUUCGUGUUGGGAGUGGACAACCCUCAUAAACAGCUGGAGAAACCUGAAAUACAGGAGGCCAACAUUCUCCCCCCAUCCAACACACACACAGAGCGGGACAGAGGCCCCUGUACUGCAGUCGCAGUCCUGCUGCAGUACUUCCUGUUGGGGACGUUCACCUGGAACACACUGUACGCCACACAUGUCUUCCUGAUGAUCAGAAACAGCCUGGCCACCAGCCCGUCACACUUCACAGCCUGUACCGUGGCCAUCGGAUGGGGUAGGACAGCUUGGAGAAAAAUAAAAUAUUUAGUUGUUUCAGAAGCUUUGGCUGGCAUUAGCCCUGGGCUCCUUGCACCAAAACGAAUGCUAGGUUAUAUUUUCAGGCUCUAAUAAGCCUGAAAUAGAACUUAAAAGCAACUUGUAUAGUAUUGUUAUGUCUUUAGAGGAUGUAUGUGUAGUAUAUAAUCUGUAAAUGUCUGCAUGAAAAUCUACCAGGAAUUAACAACAACAUUCUCUGUCCUUUAGGACUGCCUGCGGUUGUGGUGGCCCUCACCUUAGGAAUUAGUUACAGAGUGGAUGAUCCACUGGGUUACAGGCAGGAGGAAUUGUGAGUCAAUACCGUAUUUUACUAUACUAUACUUUACUAUACUGUACUGUACUUGAAAGAGAGCGACCCGGCUCGACGUAUUUACUGGUUUGUGAACCACUGCAUGGGCAGAGUGUGGGGUGCAUGGGAACAGUCUGAUUGGCUGAUGCCACGAGCUGGAAGUGAUGGAUAUCGCUCACAUGAACUGAACUGAACUCUAUUGUAUUAUACUGUACUGUACUACCAAUAUACAUGUGGGGCAAUUGCCGUAUAAAAUGUUAUAACUCAUACAGUAAAAGGUUUUCACAAUCAAUUUUCAUAUUGUAUGCUUUUAACGAUGGCAACGAGCAAUUUAAAAAGUUGUAAAAACGAAACGAAUGAUCCAUUGUGUUGAACGGUUUCUUGUUUACUUAUGCAAUCCACCAUGUUUACUUUAUACCACGUUAUUCAAAUCACUGGUGUCCUGUUUUGUCUGUCACAUAGUCCCACUCUCUAACUCAUUCAUUUGUCCCCUCAGUUGCUGGCUUGCUGCCCUCGAUCCAAACGGGAACUUUGACUUCAAGCUGCCAAUGUUUUGGGGGUUCCUGAUCCCUGUGGCGUUCAUUCUUAUCUUCAACAUGGUGGUGUUGGUAUAUUUUGCAGUUACAACAUCCAAGACCAACCCACAUAUAACCAGGUAACAUUAAUGGGGGCAUUUUGGGGGCACAAAGUGGAAAGUUGUAGUCAUAAAGAUCAGUCUUGAUUGAAAUGCCUACUAACGAGCUUGUUAAUUUUGUAUUGUCUUUCAAUUAAAACUUUUUAUAUAUAAAAUGCAUGCUUUUUUUAUUAUUAAUUCAGUCAUUAGUAACCUAUUCAUACUAUUUAAUGAGCACCAUGCUCUAACCCACUCAGUCAUUGGAAGCAUACUGUUAUUUUACCACAGCAUUACAGCAGUCUAUGACUGCAAUCUAAGCAUGUUGGUUUUGUUUCCCAGUACAAGACACACAUCGAUGAAGAAGAAGUUCCUCAGUAGCUUUUCUCUGGCUGUGGUGCUCGGUCUCUCCUGGAUCCUGGGCUAUCUGUUGCUCAUUACACAGAACCAGACCAUGUACACCAUACUCAACAUCUCCUUCUGUGUACUCACCACCACUCAGGUAGUAAAUGUAUGCACUCACUACUGUAAGUCGCUCUGGAUAAGAGAGUCUGCUAAACGACUAAAAUGUUAAAUAUAAAGACUAGUGUACUAUUGUACCACAGAAUCCAGACAUGAUUGAAAACUAGACAGCUACUAAACAUUAAUAAAUUCUGCUGCUCUUUAUAGAAACGCUACCUUUUUGUUUGUACGUGUGUGUUCCUGAAAAUACUUGAUAAUGUCUUUGUAUUUUUGUUUUCGCUCCACAGGGCUUGCAGAUUUUCAUUCUGUUCACAGCAAGAACAGAAAUUGUCAAGGAAAAGAUGUCAAGUGCUUUGAAAUCUGUCUCUAGCGCUGGGAUCCCUCUUCACACCAAGAAGUACAGUCUAUGGCGAGGCGAGCAAAGUGAAAAAGUAGAAUCAUACACACAGCUGGACACUGAUCUGUCAUUUCCACCUUGUUCCUCACAGACAUCUAACUGAUGGGCUGCAAGUUCAACCUCUGUUGUAAAAUAUCUCAUAAUAUUGUACUGUAAUAUACAAUAUAAUACACACACUAUUUAGUAUCAACGUACAAUAUAUGUACAGUGAAUUCCCUCAGAAGUUGUGUUGUCCAAUGAUUUUUUGAAUAAAUGUUGGCAAUAAAUCUGUGAUUAUUGUCUUUUAAGCUAAUGUUUGUUUAGU